CUCUCUCUUAUUUGUGGGUGUGUAAGUGUGUGAUCACUUUCUACAUUAUUAACCUAUCUAGUUCUACAGUUGAUCUUUGUUUCGUAGCUUACUGAAUCAUGAGUAAUGAUCACCCUUACUCGAGAUACUACGAUAGAUCAUGGUUCACUCUGAAUAAACACCAUCUGUCUCCUUCUUCGUCAUCUUAUUCACAUCCUCCUCUUUCCUUUUCUUAUUCGUCUCUCCCUCACCACUAUGAACCUUCACCUCCUUCACCACCACUCCGGGAAGCUCUUCCUCUCCUCAGUUUAAGCCCAACAAGACGACUCAACCAUGAACAUGAACACCAUACCGAUACUACUACUAAUGGCCCGUGUUCAAAGUCUAUGGAAAUCGAUCCCAAUAGCAAGCUGGUUUCUGAUGAUCAUGAGACUGUGACUGUGGCUUUACAUCUUGGACUCCCAAGCCCCCGUUUUUCUGAAGCUGAUCUAAUUUCAAGACUCUCCUCCAAUACACAUAAUGGUAUUGACAUGGAUCAUAAAGAAGUGGCUGAAGAAGAGGAUGAAGGUACUCAUAGUAAUGAGUAUCUUACAAGCACACUGAAUAAGGGUCAAUACUGGAUCCCUACUCCUUCUCAAAUUCUCAUUGGCCCAACUCAAUUCUCUUGCCCUCUUUGUUUCAAAACCUUCAACAGAUACAAUAACAUGCAGAUGCAUAUGUGGGGGCAUGGAUCUCAAUAUAGAAGAGGUCCUGAAUCUCUAAGGGGAAUACAGCCAACAGCCAUGUUAAGACUACCAUGCUACUGUUGUGCACCAAAGUGCCAUAACAACAUCGACCACCCCAGGGCUAAACCACUUAAAGAUUUCAGAACCCUCCAGACACAUUACAAAAGAAAACAUGGAAUCAAGCCAUUCAUGUGCAGGAAAUGUGGUAAGAACUUUGCAGUGAGAGGGGAUUGGCGCACCCACGAGAAGAAUUGUGGGAAGCUUUGGUAUUGUAGUUGUGGAUCGGAUUUCAAGCACAAAAGGUCUUUGAAAGAUCACAUAAAAGCAUUUGGAAAUGGGCAUGCAGCUUGUGGAAUUGAUGAUGAAUGUUGCCUCGAAUUAGAAGAUGAAGCUGCGUCUGAGAUUGAUCAUCAAGAAAACGAAUCGUCUUACUGUUAUAAUUGAAUCUAAAGCUCUCUACUAUUUAUAAAGUUUAUAUGAAGAUCACGUUUGAAGAAUCAAUGAAUCAUUGAUUAUUUGGUAACAACUAUACUACUACUGUUCUUUACGAUGCCAUGAUACUUCCUGGAUCAAGAUAUGUA